UACAUGUUCGCGACCACCGUAGCGAAAAUAGAACUGUCCCUCGAAUACACCCCUGUUUCCAAAGUCAAUUCUCCUACCCGUCUUGUGUACCAUGUUCGCCAAGGAGGUUUAUGUAAAUGUGCAUGUGUGUGUGUGGUGCUCGACGAUCCAGCCUUUGCCAGCCAGCCAACAGGCUGUACAUGUUGCAACAUGUUUCCUGCAGCAGCGCGGCAUACCGAUCAUCAUCAUCCAUCAUCGAACCGAAGCGAGCAUCGCCGUCGACUCCGCAGCGGAUAGCAGCGCGCUGAUUGGUCAGCGCCACCGCCACUAGGAGGAAUGCAACCCCACCAUGAGCUCGAAGAAGUUUCUCGAACAACAUGCUUCUGUUAUAAAUACGAACCACCUGAGAAUUUUCAUCAGUUACAGUCCACACUUUGUACGAUUAACAUCGCGGAAUUAAAUCGAGUUUAAUUAGUUACUCGCGCCUCUUCCUCUCUUCAUCCGAAGCCGAAACCACCGGUCUUUUUCAAGACCAACAAGAGUUGGAUUAAUUUUCCGAGGUUGAGCUAUCACCCAUCGAGGCCACCUUCAACCGAAGGUUCCGCCAGUUCCCCCUAUGGUCUAGGAUUGACCAUUUUUUGGUCCGUAUCGAACCGGAUAGGAAAGCCACAACCGUGGUGGACGAUCAAGCCGAUCGAUCCGUUCCGUUCCCGUUUGCUGUUGCUCCCGGCAACAGUUGGUGGACAAUCAGCCGAUUGCUCCUUUCCGCUCAACCGAGCCUGCUUCCAAAGUUGCUCCCGGCAACUUUCGUGGACGGUCAACCGAUCGUCAGGAAUCCAGCCGUGAUUAAGCUCAACCUCACCCCGAGUUAUUAGAAUAAUUUUCCUCGGCAAGCGAGGAGAAAAGAAGACGUUGCGAAAAGUUUCCUCCGAGUCAGUGCGCGUCCGCGGUAUCGCGAGUGCAGUCCGUGUACAGACUGAACCAAACCAGACUUGUCCGAACGUGUUUAAGUGAAAAACUCCAGUGUAUGCGUGUGAGUGAACUUUUUCCAAAUGCCAACUGAACACACGCCAGUGAAAGUGAUUUCCAAAGAAAGGAUGCAGGACUUGAAGUCAAUAAUCCAUUUACGUGGCCAAGCAAAGGCGAAGGUUACGCGAAUCCGAAAGGCAAUUGAAGAAGCUGCCGCGGCUGGUGCCCAGUAUGACGCCGCGCAGCUGAAAGUGUUUUCCCGAAACCUGGAAAAACAUUUCCAGGAAUACCUUGACCUCCAUCAUCAGGUGAUGGCGGUUUGCCCUCCCGAGCGCAUGGAAGAGCAGGACCAGGGUUGCUUGAUCUUCGAGACCCACUUCAACGAGACCAGCGUGUUGGUGGAACGAGCGAUCCAGGUAAGCCAGUGCAAUUCCGCAAUGCAGCCGCAAGUGCAAGCCUCCGAAAGCCCUCGCAUCAUCGUGCAGCAGCAGCCAUUGAAGGCUCCCAUCCCGACCUUCGAUGGCAAGCCUGAAAACUGGCCUCGCUUCAAGGCCAUGUUUUUGGAUGUGAUGCGAUCCUCCACCGACUCGGAUUGCAUUAAGCUGUACCACCUCGAGCGGUCUCUAGUAGGCGCAGCUGCUGGCAUCAUCGACGCUCGCACUCUCAACGACAAUAAUUACGAUCACGCUUGGGAGAUUCUUGAAGAUCGAUUCGAGAAUAAGCGAGUUAUCGUGGAUACCCACAUCCAAGGACUACUCAACCUGCGGCGGAUGAGCCGAGAGAAUCCGAAAGAGUUGCGAGAGCUCAUCGAUGAGGUGACCCGUCACGUCGAUGGGUUGGCCUUGAUCGAGGACGAGUUGGAAGGAGUUUCCGAGAGAUUUGUGGUGAACCUUAUUGCUAGUGCCCUGGAUAAAGACACCCGAAAGGAGUGGGAAGCCACCAUCCCAUACAAAGAGAUACCGACAUACAGCGAUACGAUCGGUUUUCUGAAGAAGCGUUGUGCUAUCCUUGAGCACUGCGAAGGAGCGUCCAAGCCUGCAGUGAAGACGAAGCUGAAUGAUCCCGUGAAGAAUCCGUACAACCUGAUGAGAGGCGCACAACCCAGCUCGUGUGCUGUCACUGGGAGUUCCGAACCAUCCUGCGAGCUGUGUGCUGGAGUACAUCCCAACUUCAAGUGCGAAGUCCUGCGUGUGAUGUCCAUCCCAGAACGUCAAGCGAAGGUCCGAGAGCUGCGGCUGUGCUACAACUGCCUGCGGAAAGGCCAUCCGAGCAGUUCCUGUAGUUCGACGCGCACCUGCCAGAAAUGCCAAGGUAAGCACCACACACUUUUGCACAUUGAGACCCCGUCAAAUGCGAAUACCCCAGCCUCUGAUAAUCCUCCGGUAACCAUGCCAGUUAGCAAACAUGUACCCAAACCCUCAGAAGUGAAUCCCGUUCCAUCUGUUAGCACCACCUGCUCAGUAAGCGAAGCUCCCUGUCUUGAUAACAGCCUCUUGAUGACCGCUGUUGUAAAUAUUUUGGAUUGCGAUGGCAAAUACCAGCCAUGCCGUGCCUUUUUGGAUUGUGGGUCCCAGGCUCACUUUGUCUCACGAAGGAUGAUUGAUUUGUUGCAAAUUCCUACAACUCGUACUACUGUCGAAAUCAUUGGGGCCAAUGGCAAGAAAUCUACCCUCUCUGAGAUGGCCGAGGUUCAAAUUCGUUCCAUGCAUUCCGAUUUUCAAGCCCUGAUGGAUUGUCUCGUUACGGAUCGGAUUACAGGUAUAAUGCCCUCUCGUGAAUUUGAUACAAAAUCAUGGCUCAAUCAACCCUGAUUGAGAGUUAUUUCCUUUUCGUCUAUGGGACUUCCCUACCUGAGAAAAAACCAAAUCCUCUAACACAGAAGCAGUGUAGUCAGCUUUGCGGCGAAUAUGACCUCCCUGGUCAUUCCCAACGUGUGCUCGAGUACAAGGAUGUACCAAAGUGGAAACAUUUCCGAGCAUCUCUCUACAAAACUUGCCAUGCCUGGCAGGUAGAACAGUUAAAGCAAUUGAAUGCCUUUGUUGGUAAUAACAUGUUGAAGAAUGAUGACCCAACUGAAAUCACAGUAUGUAGCUGUAAACCAUCGAACAUGAGUCCAGAUUAUUUGCAGUCUCACGGCCAGCUGCCAAAGCGGGUUGGUGGGUCAGAGUCCAUAUCGGAGAACCAAUGCUCAAAUUGGAACCCAACUAUGAUUGCCACACCAGUCGCUUGCCCUGAAGUUUUUCCAUCUAUGAUCAACGUUCUUUAUUUCCGCGGUACUUUUGAAUGCGGUUCGAGAAUCGUGAAGAACUUUAAAUUGUUUAAGUCCCAUUACGUCCUCUCUGAGUCCCUCAUUACUCUUGGCCUGGGCCAGUUCCUGCAAAUAGUGAUGAGAUCUCCACAACAAGGCGAUUCUUUGGAUGCUGGAAACUCUGUAGGGUCUGGAAGUCCUACACACCUACUUGACUUAGUUACUAGCGGUCUCCUAUGGAUUAUCGUACAUUCGCAGAAUGCCCAGUUGCCGAAUGACACCGAACAACACCGGUCCAAACCACCGGACAAGUUCCAAGUGACGGCUUGUUGCAAGAAGAAGUUUCAUCACCCGAAAAUGCAUUCAGGUUACAUUGCGUAUCAUAUGAAAUUUGGUGUUUUUCUAAGCCUGAGCUUAUGCUUAGGAAGCGCAAAAUCACCCGAAAAUACAUUCAGGUUACAUUGCGCAUCAUAUGAAGUUGGUGUUUUCCUAAGCCUGAGAUAAGUUUAGGAAGCGCAAAAUCACUCGGAAAUGCAUUCAGGUUACAUUGCGCAUCAUAUGGAAUCUAGAACAAUCCUUAGCCUGAGCUAAGCUUAGGAAGCGCAAAAUCACCCGAAAAUACAUUCAGGUUACAUUGCGUAUCAUAUGGAAUCUGGUGUUUUCCUAAGCCUGAGCUAAGUUUAGGAAGCGCAAAAUCACUCGAAAAUACAUUCAUGUUACAUUGCGCAUCAUAUGGAAUCUAGAGCAAUCCUUAGCCUGAGCUAAGCUUAGGAAGCGCAAAAUCACCCGA